AUGCUGUUAAAGCUUGAUCUUUCUGCAAUUCAGCUGAGGGAUUGUGCCAUCUUGAUGAAUUGUACUGAUACUGAUGUGGAUUAUGAUACUCCUAUAACAAAGUUUGAUGUUUCACUCCUCUUCAUUCUGCGUUAUUCAUAUGAAACUGAAGUUGAAGUGUGA